AUGGAAAAGAUAGACUCAUCACCACCGUCUGUUCGUUACAAGGUAAUCCGGAAGGCAUGGGAUGCAUUACCGCUUGAUGAAUUACCGGAUGAUUGUGAUGAUGAUGAAGCUAUGAAGGUCAUUGUGCGUCUCAUACAAUCUGGAGUAUCUCUGGACUCUUGCGCCAAUGAUGGAAGCACCAUCCUUCAGCGCGCAGCCCACCAUGAUUAUUACAAUACCAGCCUCUACCUGAUUAGCCACGGUGCUUCUGUCAACACUCAUGCAACCAAACUUUAUGGGACACCUCUUCAAGAGGCAAUCAAACAUGGCCAUGUCGAAGUAGCCAAUCUCUUACUGGAUCACGGAGCGGACCUCAAUGCCUUACCAGCGGAGAACCGCGGUGUUACUGCGCUUCAGGCGGCCGCCAUCCAUGGGAUGUUUCCGAUGGCUAUACGGCUUCUUGAAUCUGGGGCUGAUGUCUCUGCGCCAGCCGCACCAUUUGAGGGAAGGACAGCAAUUAACGGAGCUGCAGAACGGGGUCAUGUGGAAAUGGUUCAAUUACUUCUCAAUGCAUAUGGGGAGAAGGAAGAUUUGGGGCUGGUCUGUAGUCAGGCGGCGGAAUAUGCAGAAAAGCAAGGCCAUUACGAGAUUGCCCAGUGGCUGCGGGGGUAUUCGUCUGUUUGA